ACCACCACAACAUCGGCGCUCUCGAGAGCUGAGCGAAGCCUGGCGCAGCCUGGCGAAGUGCCGGCGAAGCCGAGGGCAAAGGAGGCGAAGCGAAGCUGACAAUGGGAAAUAUAAGGCUCGCCGAGUGCCGCCGCCUGCUCCCAAGCCGAGAGAGUCGGAGGACGGAGCUGAGUUUAGUCCGCAGUUGGAGUCCGCCAGGCGGAGGGUGUUCAGUGUCGGUUGUCGUCGUCUCUGCGUGCGUUUAAGGACGUCUUGACCGCCUCGCCGGUGCCUUGUAAUUUAUUGUUGGCCGAUUAUCCUCUCUUCCCAGUUCUCGGCUCCCACGUUCCCGCGUCAAUCCUCCGACACCACGUGCCGAUCGUCUAUUGUUUACACGGUGUAUGCACGUAUGUACUGCCGAGGAUUGAUGAAGGAACUGGCACUGCCACUAGAAUAACGAGUGGUGGACUUUAGUGUUUCUCAGCUGCUAUUGUACGCAAAGAAUAAAAUCGCGCGCAUAGAUGAGUGAGCGGAAAAAUCGGCGCAGCGCGUUCUUCGAAGAUAAUAAACAGGUUUAAGUAUAAAACUGGUACGGACGAUAUCGGUACCGUGACAAAACUACUGACAAUAUGUCUGGGACGAUGUGGAAUUCGCUGCUCCUCAUUGCCGCCGUGAGCUCUUCCGUGGUUACAGUGCUCGCGGAAUUUGACCAGAUACCGAUAACGCGUAGAGAUGACAAGUGCUACAACGAAACUACCGGAAGAGCGCAGAGAUGCAUUCCCUCGUUUUUGAACGCGGCAUUCAGCGUUCCCAUGGAGGCAACGAACACCUGCGGUGAAAACGGUAUCCCUACUGAAUACUGCAAGCAAACUGGAGUCCAGCAAAAAUCCUGCGAUUUUUGCCAUGCGGGUGAUCACCCUGCAUCCUACCUAACGGAUCUUGGGAAUAACGACAACGCUACGUGGUGGCAAUCGGAAACAAUGUACGAGGCGGUUCAGUAUCCCAACCAGGUCAAUCUGACCCUUCACCUAGAUAAGACUUACGACAUUACCUACGUCCGGAUACUUUUCAUAUCACCGCGACCCGAAAGCUUGGGUAUAUACAAGAGGAAGAACGAGAAUUCCCCCUGGCAGCCGUACCAGUUUUAUUCGGCUACCUGCAGGGACACCUACGGACUUCCCGACUCCAAGGAAACCGUUCGCGGCGACGAUACCAGAGUGUUGUGCAGCUCUGAGUACUCGGACAUAUCUCCCCUAACCGGCGGGAACGUAGCCUUUUCCACCCUCGAAGGACGACCCUCUGCUUACUGGUUUGAGACCAACCCGGAACUGCAGGAAUGGGUCCAAGCCAGCGACUUAAGGAUCACUUUGGAUCGGCUGAACACAUUCGGUGACGAGGUAUUCGGGGAUGAUCAAGUGUUGAAAUCGUACUACUACGCCAUCGCUGAAGUAGCCGUUGGUGCACGUUGCACCUGCAACGGACACGCAGGCGAAUGUGUUCAGAGUACGGGUAUCGAUGGAUCAACUCGUCGCGUUUGUCGCUGUGAACACAACACCGCUGGAGCCGAUUGCAACGAGUGUUUGCCAUUUUACAAUGACGCACCCUGGGCUCGAGCCACGUCGUUUAACGCCUAUGAAUGCAAAGCGUGCAACUGUAACGGCUACUCGGACCGAUGUUACUUUGAUAAUGAACUGUAUAAAGCUACUGGACACGGAGGACACUGUUUGGACUGUAGUUUGAAUCGCGACGGUGCUAAUUGUGAAAGAUGUCGUGAAAAUUUCUACGAACGUGCUGAGGACGGCUAUUGUUUUCCUUGCAAUUGUCAUGAAACUGGUUCAAGAAGCUUGCAGUGUAACAGUGAAGGCAAGUGUCAGUGCAAGCCUGGUGUUACCGGAGACAAAUGUGAUCGUUGUGCUCCUAAUUUUUAUAACUUUGGAUCACUUGGUUGUACUUCCUGUGAGUGUAAUAUUGCUGGUUCGUUGGGUAACGUUGAAACAUGUGACCCAUAUAACGGAGAUUGCCAGUGCAAGGAAAACGUUGAAGGAAAACGUUGUCGCGAGUGUCGUCCUGGCUUCUUCAAUCUUGCUGUUUCAAAUGUAUUCGGGUGCACCCCGUGCUUCUGUUACGGGCAUUCAUCAGUCUGUGAAUCUGAAUCUGGAUAUUCUAAAGUUGUUAUUGAGAGCAUGUUUGCUAGAGGUACCGAGCGCUGGUCGGCGGAAGUCAAUGGCAGACGUUUACCACUCAAUUACGACUCGCUGACACAAUCUAUCAGUGUGGCAGCCCAAGAUCGUGAAGAUGUGUAUUUCGUUGCACCUGACAGAUUUCUUGGCGAUCAACGUGCGUCUUACAAUCAAGAUAUGACUUUCAAACUGAGGAUAGGAGAUAGAGGCGCGGCACCAACCGUAAGUGACGUAAUUCUUGAAGGAAGGAAUGGGCAGCCGAUUGCGCAACCAAUAUUCGGACAGAACAACCCUUCACCAUCUGGUGUAUUUAUGGAAUACAGAUUUAGGCUACACGAGCAUCCUGAUUAUGGUUGGCUUCCGCAAUUAUCAUCGCGAGAUUUCAUGUCGAUAUUAUCUAAUUUGACCGCGAUCAAAAUCAGGGGAACUUACACUCACAAAGGCAGAGGAUUCUUGGAUGAUGUAAUGCUAGAAACAGCACAUCGUGGCGCAGCCGGCGAACCGGCGGAUUGGAUAGAACACUGCACCUGUCCUCACGGAUACAUUGGUCAAUUUUGUGAAUCCUGCUCGCCAGGUUUUCAUCAUGAACCCUCAAACGGUGGUCCAUUCGCGCUUUGCGUACCGUGUAACUGUAAUGGACAUGCCGAGAUUUGUGAAGCCGAAACAGGCCAAUGUAUAUGCCAGCAUCACACCUCGGGAGAUAAUUGUCAGCACUGUCAACGUGGAUAUUAUGGGUACCCAUUAAAGGGGACACCUGAUGAUUGUAAACCAUGCCCUUGUCCAGAUCAAGGGCAUUGCAUUUUACUUGAUAAUAAUGCCGACCCAAUUUGUUCGGAAUGUCCUCUAGGACGUACAGGUGCUCGAUGCGAAGUUUGCUCUGAUGGCUACUUCGGUGACCCUGAAAAUAACCAAAAAUGCAGGCCUUGUGAGUGUAAUAACAACAUCGACUUGAAUGCGGUGCGAAACUGUAAUCAACUUACAGGAGAAUGUUUGAAGUGUGUAAACAACACAGCUGGCUUUAACUGCGAGGAGUGUCUUCCAGGAUAUUAUGGCGAUGCCUUAUCCGAUCGUAAAGAGGAUGGCUGUGUAGCGUGCCAGUGUUAUGCUCCAGGCACGCAGGAACUUGAUGACGGAAGUAUCGCUCCUUGUGACCAAUUGACAGGCUAUUGUAGGUGUAAGCCUCAUGUGACUGGGCGUAACUGCGACAAGUGUGAAGACGGAUAUUAUAAUAUCGCUAGCGGAGAGGGUUGCGCUGCUUGUAACUGCGACCCCGAAGGAUCGCAUGACCGGACUUGUGACGCAUUGACAGGACAGUGUCAAUGUAAACCUGGAGUAACAUCUCAACGUUGCGACGCCUGUUUGCCCUACCAAUACGGAUUUGGUAAUGAAGGGUGCAAGCGCUGUGACUGCGAUGAAAUUGGUUCACAAGAAUUGCAAUGUGGUCCAGAUGGGCAGUGUCCAUGUCUGCAAAAUGUGGAAGGUCGACGUUGUGACCGCUGCAAAGAAAACAAGCAUGACCGGCAGCGUGGAUGUAUAGACUGUCCUCCUUGCUACAAUUUGGUUCAAGAUGCCAUAAACGCGCAUCGGAGGCGCUUAGAUGAUUUAGAAGAUACAUUAAGAAAAAUUGGAGGCUCUCAAACUGCGUUUAAAAAAGAUACGGACUUUGAAAAAGAUUUAAAGAACGUUCAAGAUCGUGUCAGAACGUUGUUACAAAAUGCUCAACAAAAUUCUGGAAGUAACAAGAAAUCUCUAGUCGAACAAUUGGACGAGUUGCGUAAUCUUCUGAACGAGAUAGAUUACAAUUCACAAGAGGUCGACUCUAUUGCUGACGGAGCCAACGAGACCGCUACUAACGGCCAAAUGAGUAUUGAAGAGGCCGAAACAGUGUUAGAUACAAUUCACGAACAACUGUCUGAAGCUGAAGGUUAUUUAGCAACUGAAGGUCGAACUGCAUUAGAGGAUGCUAGAAAACGAGCUGAGGAAGUUGGCCAACAAAAUAAUCAGAUGACCGCUAUCGCGCAGAAGGCACGUGAACUAGCGGAUAUUAACACAAACGAAGCAAAGAAAGUUUAUGACAUUGCAAAUAAUGCAAAAAACAGAACACUGCAAGCUUAUAAUCUAGCAAAACAAGCUAUGUACAAAAACACCAACAUAAGCGAUGAGAUUCGAGCAUUGGAUAAUGAACUCCAGUUACUCAAGGAUAAAUUUAAUAAAGUCAAGGAUCUCACAAAAAUUACAGCUAAUAAAUCUGCCGCAGUUCUAAAAGAAGCAUUGGUGAUAUCAAUUGUAAAUCUUAUUAUUCCAACCAUUGAUAUUGAUGAACUUCAAAGGCAAGCCGAUGCCAUCAGUAACGAGGGAUUAAUGAUAAAAGAGCGAGCUCAACUAUUACUGGAAGACAAUGAUGAUUUACUGCGAGAAAUAAGUGAGAAAAUUUUGAACAGUGAAAAAUUAUUGGAAAGAGCGAGAGACCAACAAGACACGAUUGGCGAACUAUUCUUGGAAGCGGACGAUGCGAAUGCAAAGGUUGAUGAAGCUGUUAAAAGGGGUGAUCACACUCUUAAAGAAGCCCAAGAAACGCACAAGAAAUUGAGCGAAUUUGACGAAGAAGUUCGACGGGAACAACUGAUAGCACAAGAAUCCUUGCGUGACAUUGACGAGAUCAGAAAACUGAUUGAUGAUGCUUUUGAAAAAACUAGAUCAGCUGAUCAAACUUUGAAUGGGGCUGAAGUUAAUGCAGUCAAGGCACGGAAUAUUGCUAAAGAAGCGCAGGAAAACUAUGCAAAUAAAGCAAGUGAAAAUGCCAACAGAAUCAGGAUGGAAGCGAAUAGAACAAAAUCCAAAGCCAUUAGUUUGAGUCAAGAAUCAGAACACCUACAAACUAGGCUAAAAUUCACAGAGAGUCGUAUCAAGGAACAAGAAGAACAGGCAGCCAGGGACGCAAACGUUACUAGCGAGGCGAAACAAAAGGUCGGACAAUCAAAAACCAAUGUUGGUGUUGCAUCCCAACAAGUUGAUAAAGCUCUUUUAGAAGUAGCUGAGAUUAUAAAGGAACUAGAGGCUUUGCCAGAAAUAAACGAAGCGGACUUGGAUCGUUUGGAAGAACGACUUAAUGCAGCCGAGCAAGAAAUAAAGGCUAAUAAUUUGGAUGAAAGAAUUCGUGCCUUGACAGUGGCGAAAAAUCUUCAAAUUCAGUGGGUGAAAAAUUAUGAUGAAGAAGUAGCAAGGCUUAAACUUGAAGUUGAAAAUAUAGAAACUAUUAAAUUAGCUCUUCCAACGGAUUGCUUUAAACGAGUCCGUCUCGAACCUUAGACUUCCAUCAUGUCUCAUAAAAUAGCCAUAGAAUACUUAAAAAAAAAUCAUGAAUUUUACGUUUCGUUUACUUGAAUGAAACCAGAACUAACAAGUCAAAUUCUCAAAAUCUAUACAAUCCAGUAUCGCAUGAUGCUUCAAAAAACAUUUCAAAUGAACACUGAGAAUGCAAAAAUAUGAUUUUCAGAAAAAAAUUACGAAAAAUUGAAAGAAAAUAGGCGAAAAACAACAUAAAAACGACAUGUUUUAAUAGACGAAAAAUGAACUUCGAGUUUUUCAAUAAUAUGACGCUAAUUUACUAAUAGAACAAUGUAAUAAUAAUGUUAAAACAGUCAGUUGACCGUUUUUUAUGUCUAUUGUCAUUAACUUCGAGAUUUCAAUUCUCUAUUAUACAAAAUUUCACAGUUUGUACAAUGCUUUAUCAGAAAAUAACAAUAACAACAAAAAAAAAAAAGAAAACAUUAAAAAAAACUAUUUUAAUUGUACAUUAAUUACUAGAUUUUAUUAUUUAACAGAUAAGUUAAAACAUUCACUUUGUAUUUUCUGAAGUUAAGUACGUUGAUACUUUUUAUACAAUGAUAAUCUCUGCAAUCAUGAUUAUUAUACCAAAGAUUUAAAUAAUAGAACCCUAUUCAACAUUAUAAAAUUUUCAAUAAUAUACCUCUGCCAACUAUACUCUGCAACUUUUAAGGAUUUCCUUAUUUCAUUUUCUAAAGCUCAGAACACACGUUUUCAAAACUCAUCUUAGAAUAGGUCCCGAAACUUUAGAGUCUCGUACGAAGACUAUAACUCAUUUGACGAAUGCGUUAUGAUGAGCCUUGUCAUUGUUGAACAUCUAUAUCAAUCAUUGUAACAUUGUGUAUGGAUCAUCUGUCAAUGGAUGUGCAGUCAAGUUGGCUGUUUCAGCUCUCCUUGAACCGACAAAGUAAGAAAGAACAACUGGUAAUCUAAAUUAAUGACUGGUACUUCAGCCAACUUUAGAAACUUUGAUUACCGGUGUUUUUUGGCAAUUCAUAAUACUUAAUACUUUACUCUUUAAACUUUUUACUUAUAUAAAAUUAUAAAUAAAAAACAAAAAACAUUUGUACGAAGUUUAUAGUUUAGAACAAAAUGUAGCAUAUAAAAUAAUAAACAAUUAUAAAAUCAUUGUACUCUGAUAAGACUAAAAAAAUAAUUACAAUGAUUCAUAAUUUUUGUAUGGCCUCGUAUGAGAUUUGUUUUUUAUGAGAAUAAUUGAAACGCGAAAUUGAAAUAAGUAACAGCUUUAUGAUGUCAAAAAAUUAACAGGAAUUGAUAACUUUUACAACUAAGAAGAAAAGAAAAAAUAUUUUUUGUCAAAAUUCAAGGUGACUACCUUUAUUUUACGAGAUAUUGAUUUUUCUUCCAUUUUACAAAGGACGAGUUAACAUUAUAUGUAUGGUAUAUGGCACUUUGUUUCUAACAACAACGUAAAUAUCUUUUUAUUUAUCUUCGGUAAAACGGUACUCUGGUAAAUAAAUAUGCUGUUUAACAAAAGUUAAUAUACAUAUAUAUAUAUAAUACACAUAUACAUAUAUGUAUGUAAUAUGUAUACGUGUACACUGGAUUACAUUUAAAUUCUAGUAAGAAAAUUAAUCACUAUAAUUGAUGAACAGUCUGUAAAAUGAAAUAAGUUAUUCACUUAAUUAUAAACAAAAUAAUUAGUAGUACCAAUAUCGCAGUCAAGACGCCAAUGGCUACCCAUUGUCUCCGAUCUAAAACAAACGGAAAGUAACAUCACAUGCGCCACUUAUAAAAUUACAUUUUUUAUUUUGUUGAUUUUGUGAGAGACAAUAUGUAACAAUUUGAAACACAAAUAAGUCUUACCCUAGUUUAAACUUUAAUACCAACAAUCAGAAGAAGACCUUAACAUUGAAGUUUAUUAUUAUUUUUGUAAUAUCAGAUCUUUCAAAUUGUUUAAAUAUUCAACAACAUUUUGGGGACUCAUGUGUUUUUAAACUUAAAAGGUGUAAUCAAAA